AUGACAUUGAUGAUGGUGGGGAAUAUAAGUUUAGAAAGUUGGAAGGAACAUUUUAGAGAUCUUCUGGGAGGGGUAGAUGUUAAAACAGAAGGGAUAAGAGGGGCAAUGGACAACGAGGAGGUUAUGGGAGAGGCGCUUAUGGAUUGGGAGAUCACCACAGCAGAAAAUCGAUUGAAAAAGAAAAAGGCAGCGGGUAUGGAUGGAAUUCCAGGGGAGGCCGGGUUGAAGGAGAUGUGUGUGGAAACAAAAGUGAGGAUCAGAGGCAAAGAAGGACUAUCAGUGGAAAUUUGGAUUAAGAUGGGAUUGAGACAGGGCUGUCUGCUGAGUCCAGCGUUAUUCUGUUUAUAUAUUGCUGGUUUGGAGGAGGAUUUUAGGGCAAGGGGUGUAGGCGGAGUAUUAAUAGAUAAGAAUGAGGAAAACGAUUAUGCUGAUGACGAUGAUGAUGUUGAUGAUAAUGAUGAUGAUGUGAAUGAUGAGAACGAUCAUGUUGAUAGUAAUAACGACCACAGAAAUAAUUAUGAUUAUGAUGAUAAUAAAGAUUUUGAUAUAAAUGUUUAA